GCCUCGCCGCCGCAGGGCACCCGGGCACCGGAGACCAUGGGGAAGCUGGUGGUUCUGACCCUGCUUGGGGCCGGCCUGGCCCUAAUCGGGGAGAGGUUAGUGGCACUUAGACAAAGAGCUAAUGCAUCUCGGGAAGUGGAGCCAGUAGAACCCCGGGACUGCCACCUCAUUGAGGGACUUGAAAAUGGCUCUGAAGAUAUUGAUAUACUUCCUAGUGGGCUGGCUUUUAUCUCCAGCGGAUUAAAAUAUCCAGGCAUGCCAAACUUUGCACCAGAUGAGCCAGGACAGAUUUUCUUGAUAGAUCUGAAUGAGCCAAACCCAAGGGUCCAGGCACUAAACAUCAGUGAUGGUUUCGACAAAGCAUCAUUUAAUCCACACGGAAUCAGUACUUUCAUUGAUGAAGACCAUACUGUGUAUCUUUAUGUUGUGAAUCAUCCCCACAUGAAGUCCACGGUGGAGAAAUUUAAAUUUGAGGAAAAACAACGUUCUCUUGUACACCUGAAAACUAUAAAACAUGAACUUCUCAAAAGCCUGAAUGACAUUGUGGUUCUUGGACCAGAACAGUUUUAUGCCAUGAGAGACCACUACUUCACCAACUUCUUCUUGGUACUAUUAGAGAUUAUCAUGGAUCUUCGUUGGACUUAUGUUGUUUUCUACAGUCCAGGAGAGGUCAAAGUGGCAGCCAAAGGAUUUAGUUCUGCCAAUGGGAUCACAGUCUCACUAGACAAAAAGUAUAUCUAUGCAGCUGAUGUAACUGCUCAGAACAUUCAUGUACUGAAAAAACAUGAGAACUGGGAUUUAACUCAAGUGAAGGUAAUACAUCUGGGCACCUUAGUGGAUAACUUAACUGUGGAUCCGGACACCGGAGAUAUUUGGGCAGGAUGCCAUCCCAAUGGCAUGAAGCUGCUGAUCUAUAACCCUGAGGAUCCUCCAGGGUCCGAAGUACUUCGCAUCAGGAACGUUUUGUCUGAGAAGCCUAAAAUCAGCACCGAGUAUGGCAAUAACGGCUCCGUGAUUCAGGGAAGCUCCGUGGCUUCUGUGUACCACGGAAAACUGCUCAUAGGCACGGUAUUCCACAAAGCUCUGUACUGUCUCUUCUAGACUCCAGACCUUCCAAGAAGUCUUGUCAACCAAUGAAAAACAAAAUGGCAAGCAGCAAAAUAAAUGCGUUUAUUUGGGGUCUUCGGGAUUGCAAACAUGGGAGACGUAGAUUCGACUAGAAUUGAGAGCGUGUCCCAGAGAGACAAAGGAGGUUAGAGUUUUUAAAGAGGAAAGAGGGAAUUUAUGUGAGUUGUUUGAAGAAAAGGUGCUUGGGGUUGGUAUAGCUACAGUGACACUAAUCUAUGUGUGAAUGGUUGGUAGGGCAGACAGAAAGUCCAUUUAUGUCCAUCUUAACACCUAGUAGAUGCCUUGGCUAUUAGCUGAGUUUAGCAAAAAUUCUGAGAAUUUGAUACAGAACAUGGGUGCAUAAGCCCCACCUCCUCGACGUCUUCCCGGCUCCCUUUUAAAUAACUUUCUUAGUAAUGGUCACUCAAUUUUAUUGUCUCUGUUGUCAGUCUACAUGUUUGGUAAAAAUAAACCUGUAAUUAGGGGCA